AUGAACACGCAUGCUUCAUGCCCAGGAAUACAAAUCGAACAUCAAUACCUGCAUUUCGGAAUUGUGGACAUGGUAAAAAGAGGAACCUUAGACCGCCUCGGGGACUUUGACUUUUGCAUACCAGAGACCCGUGUCCUACUCCGCCAUUCCAUACUGCCCACCAUGACCACACACCAGACUUGGGAACUGUUUAUCCGCUCUUCAAAUUACACCCUACUCGGUAAACUUAUACUCGGUAGAGAUGGCCCCUGGAAUCGAGCCCGCUGUAUAAACGGCUCCUAUACACUAUUCUCAGACGGUGUUCCCCAACAAUCACUGAACUGGACAAACUUGGAUAAUGGUGGGGGCGAAUCAGUUUACACUGACCAUAAUCAUCCAACCAACCGUCUUAUCCACGGGUUUUAUUGCCAAAGGGUAGACACGGCACCCCGCCCCACCACCCUACAAGGAGUCUGCCUCCGGAGGUACUGCUGCGUGUGGGACAUUGGCCUUGCCUCUACUUGGGACGGCAGAGCAUACCUUGAGGGAUGGUACCACUCCACCACACCACCAACCCAGUGGGAUACCUCCGGCCCUCAAAGAUGUGGCGGUCUAGCUACAAAUCUCACCUACCUACUUCGACAAGACCCCCUCCACCCUGCGGGUACAGCACCUCGACAAAGGGGGGAACUGUCCAUAUCCCAAGCUCCAACCAAUAGCGACCUAUUGUCCACCUGGCAUUCCAACACCUACGUGAAACUAGUCUCUGAAAUCGCAAAGCAAACUACCACCGACAACUGCUGGAUCUGUGCCAACGCUCCUGCCCACCUCCACAGCGGCAUACCAUUCCUUGGAGUACCCCUCACCUUACAACAACAUCUUUCUGCCGAUGUACGGUCCUGGAACUUGACUGCUGUGAACUUAACUCACCAGUACAUUUACCUCACUGGACCCACGAAAGGUGACCUCUGCCGGAAAUUCAGCGGCAACGACAGGAUGAUUGGAGAAAGUACUUGUAAGUACCUCAUUGAUAUUCCCCUAAUCGGUAAAAUUACUGUGUGGCGACAGGGCGUCCCCCUCCACCCAUCCAGACCUGUUGUCAGCCUGGAAACAAGUCAUGAAUUUACCUGACACUUGGGACCCCUCCCCCAGCUCCCACUGCUUCUUCCGCACCUUUCUCACGGGUCGUAUAGACUCUUGCCUACAAGGACUGUUUUGGGUGUGCGGGCACCGCGGCUAUGUAUGGGCUAGCCCCCACUCCCGAGGCACCUGCUACCUUGGACUUAUCUUGCCCGGGAUCAGGGUCACCCCAGACCUUCCCCUUGGGAGGAGGCGCAACAAGAGGGCUAAGGAUUUGUCGGAACUCUCCGAUGUGUCAGCCAACGGGGAGACCUAUGGACGGGCCCUUUUUCCCGCCUACGGAGCAGGCUCCAACCAUGUCGACAUCCUUAAACUAACAGACAUUUUGUUAACCUUUAUGGAGGAAUCCAACGCUGCAACCCAAUCCAUCUUAACGGAGCUAACUGAGGUCAGACAGAUGGCGAUCCAGAACCGCCUUGCUUUGGACUAUAUCCUAGCUUCAACCGGAGGAGUAUGUGCACUUGUGGGAACUGAGUGCUGCACAUACGUCUCCGACCAGACGCUGAACAUUACUGGUCAUCUCAACAACAUCCAUAAACUGACUGACGAUCUUAGAAAUAUCCAACACGAAGGUCUGUCUGAUACCCAUCUUUGGGGAUGGUUACCAGGCACCACAUGGAUAAAACAGCUCCUCGGAAAUGGCCUCCUUAUUCUAAUCGCCGUAGCCAUCUGUGUCGCUUUCUUCUGCUGCGCCGUCCAUUGCUUUCCACUUUGCUGUCAAACGUGCGAAUACUGCGUCCCAUCUCCCCACUCCCGCACCGCUGCUUCCCAGAGGAUGAUCCCGGCGGGAACCCCUUCGACCUUCAUCGAGAUGGCACCCCAAGGAGCCCAGCACAACCCGGACCCUAGGUAUGGCGCGUCAGACUUUUAUUAA